AUGACAUCAGUAGCUAGACCACAAGUUGCACCAUCCAAUGCUACAUUCAAAGAUAAAGAAAAGCCAUUGGAAGUUCGAAAGGCAAACAUUCUAGCAGCUAGAGCAGUUUCUGAUGCAAUUCGAACAUCAUUAGGACCUAAAGGAAUGGAUAAAAUGAUUAAAACUAAAAAUGGAGAGAUUAUAAUAUCAAAUGAUGGAGCUACUAUAUUAAAACAUAUGGCAGUAUUACAUCCUGCAGCAAGAAUGUUAGUUGAUGUUAGUCAUGCACAAGAUGUUGAAGCUGGAGAUGGUACAACAACUGUUGCAAUUUUAACAGGAGCAUUAUUAGGAGCAGCACAAAGAUUAUUAAGUAAAGGUAUACAUCCAACAUUAAUUGCUGAAUCAUUUCAAAGAGCUGCUCAAAGAAGUGUUGAAAUAUUAUUGGAUAUGUCAUCAAAAAUAGAAUUAGAAGAUAGAGAACAAUUAAUUCGUGCUGCUUCAACUUCAUUAAGUUCAAAAAUUGUUUCUCAACAUUCACAAUUAUUAGCUCCAUUAGCUGUUGAUUCAGUUUUAAAAGUUAUAAAUGAAUCUCAAGAUAAUGUAGAUUUAAAUGAUAUAAGAUUAAUUAAAAAAUUAGGUGGUACAAUUGAUGAUACAGAAUUAAUAAAUGGUGUUGUAUUAACUCAAACUGUUGUUAAAAAUGCAGGUGGACCGAUAAGGAUGGAAAAAGCUAAAAUUGGAUUGAUUCAAUUUCAACUUUCACCACCAAAACCAGAUAUGGAAAAUAAUGUUGUUGUUAAUGAUUAUAGACAAAUGGAUAAAAUUUUAAAAGAAGAAAGAUCAUAUUUAUUAAAUAUUUGUAAAAAAAUUAAAAAAGCCAAAUGUAAUGUUUUAUUAAUUCAAAAAUCAAUAUUAAGAGAUGCAGUUAAUGAUUUAGCUUUACAUUUUUUAUCAAAAUUAAAUAUAAUGGUUAUAAAAGAUAUUGAAAGAGAUGAAGUUGAAUUUUUAUCAAAAGCUAUUGGUUGUAAACCAAUUGCAGAUAUAGAUAAUUUUACAGAAGAUAGAUUAGGUUCAGCUGAUUUAGUUGAAGAAAUUGAAAAUUCAGGUUCUAAAAUAGUUGAAAUUACUGGUAUAACUUCAAAAAAUACAAAACCUACUAUAUCAAUAGUUGUUAGAGGUGCAAAUAAUUUAAUAGUUGAUGAAACUGAAAGAUCAUUACAUGAUGCAUUAUGUGUUGUAAGAUGUUUAGUUAAAGAAAAAGCUUUAAUUGCUGGUGGAGGAGCUCCAGAAAUUGAAGUAUCAAGACAAUUAAUGAAAGAAUCUCAUAAAUUAUUUGGAGUUGAACAAUUUGUAUGGGAAGAAUUUGCUCAAGCUUUAGAAGUAAUACCUACUACAUUAGCUGAAAAUGCAGGUUUAAAUCCAAUAAAUGUUGUUACUGAUUUAAGAAAUAGACAUGAAAAUGGUGAAAAAAAUGCAGGAAUAUCGGUAAGAAGAGCAGGAGCAUCAAAUACAUUUGAUGAACAUAAUUGA